ACUGUUGUCUGCGAAUAAGUAUUAUCUUCGGACAAUCCAUGCUUGAAUUAAACAAUUUUUUUAGUAGUGUGAAGGAACAAUUACGGAACAGACGUUUCAAUCAUGUCUGCGGUUAGGCCGGUGUUGGUAAUAAUCAACACUGAUAUGGAAAUCAAAACGACUACCAAAAAGUGUCCAACGAAGAUACACUUCCGUCGAACUCACCUUAAAAGAAAAGCAUAUAAUAAACGGCAUGUCGGUGACCGCUUCUCCAACUUGUUCGACGCGGAAAAAAACGACUCGGAAGUUGUUGGACAGUACAAGAAAAUUUUGAAAUUCAUUUUCCUACCAACAAUAUUAAUGGGCGUCAGACUAAAUUAUGGAUGGCAACCUCAACGCCAUUUGAUGAUGUGGUUUACAAUGUUCAAUUUAGCGUUUGCAUGGUGUUGUUUUCUUUAUACGCAGUAUGUGCACAUUUCCAGCGAAAAUGAUAAAAUGAAAGUGUUCAAAGUGUUUGCACUGUAUGGUCUCGGCAUAUCGUGCAUCGUAAAAGGGUUGAACUAUUUGAUGCGUUUCAAGAAAGUACAAGCUCUUCUAGAAUUUAUGCUAAACAUUUGCCGUCAAAAUUCAACCGACAAGAGGGCAGACAUUUUAAAAAGCCAGCUGAGAAAGUUGUACAGUAAAUUGAAAGUGUUCGCAAUUUGUGUAUUAGGCAAUCUUGCGUUGUUCGUUUCGGUACCGGUAGUUUCGUACCUUCUAAAUCAAGAUUUAAUUACACUCAUACCCGCCAUUAUUCCGUUUGUCGAUCAAACGACAUUGCAUGGAUAUCUGACGGCAAAUUGUAUCAUGUCGGUGAAUGGCUUAUUGACCGCAUGUGGUACCACCUUCUGUGCAUGUUUGUAUAUUUUGUUGAUAUUCAAUUUUACCAUGCAAAUCGAAUUGAUUGGAGACGACAUAAGAAAUUUGGACCGAAUGUGGGCUGAUAAGAAGCAAUCAUUGGGUAGCAAGCGAGCAUUCCUACGGGACAUUUUCAUUAGAUGCCAGGACUCGGAUAAUUACAUUGUCGCAGUAAAGGAAAUCUUUGAUCGGAAAAUGUUUGCUUUCUUCUGUGGUGCUUACUUUUCGCAGAUCUUUUGUUUGUUCGAAAUAGCACAGAAUAACUGGAUAUCUGGAUAUUCUAUUGCUUUGCUAUUAUUUCAAGAAAUGAUGUACUACUGCUACAUCGGAACACAGAAAAAUGUUGCGAACGAAAGAUUAUGCUCCCUGAUAUGUGGUACAAAUUGGUACGAGUAUGAUAUACAAUCACAACAGGUGUUUAUGUUGUUGUUGUUACAUUCAAGUCAGAACCGCAGUGAGCUAAAAAUCGGACCAUUAGCUCCAAUGAAUUUGUCUACAGGAAUAGAGAUUCUCAGAAGCAUCUACAGUUACUACGCCAUUUUAAAGAACAUCUUGUAAACAGUUAUGAAAAUCUUCGGCACAACAACAGCGGAAGCGAUUUACGUCAUUCAUACCACCUAUGUCACAAGUUAAAUAAAAAAGCUUUAUUGGAAAAUGCUUAGAAAUAAAUUCAAUGUUCAUAUGA